CUUCCUGUUCCAAACCACGUGGACGCGCCGGGGGCUACGGGGCUGCGGGGCUGCGGGAGGGAACCCCGGUUGCUACCGCCUCCGUCGCCUCCCGGGUCGUGACCCUCGCGCCCGUCAGAAGUCGCUGUACCCCGCUGCCCGCGCCUAGCGCUGGGAGCGCACAUGGCGACUCAGACGCACUCUCUCAGCUACGCGGGUUGCAACUUCUUGCGCCAGCGUCUGGUCCUGUCGACUCUGAGCGGGCACCCAGUCAAAAUCCGAAAGAUUCGUGCCAGAGACGACAACCCGGGCCUCCGAGAUUUUGAAGCCAGCUUCAUAAGGCUCUUGGACAAAAUAACAAAUGGUUCUCGAAUUGAAAUAAACCAAACAGGAACAACCUUAUAUUACCAGCCUGGCCUCCUGUAUGGUGGAUCCGUGGAACAUGACUGCAGUGUCCUUCGUGGCAUUGGGUAUUACCUGGAGAGUCUUCUUUGCCUGGCUCCGUUUAUGAAGCACCCAUUAAGAAUAGUUCUGCGAGGAGUGACCAAUGACCAGGUUGACCCUUCGGUUGAUGUUCUUAAGGCAACAGCCUUACCUCUCUUGAAACAGUUUGGGAUUGAUGGUGAAUCAUUUGAGCUAAAGAUUGUGCGGCGGGGAAUGCCUCCUGGAGGUGGAGGUGAAGUGUUUUUCUCAUGUCCUGUGAGGAAGGUCCUGAAGCCCAUUCAGCUCACAGAUCCAGGAAAAAUCAAACGUAUCAGAGGAAUGGCGUACUCCGUGCGUGUAUCACCUCAAAUGGCUAACCGGAUUGUGGAUUCUGCAAGGAGCAUCCUCAACAAGUUUAUACCCGAUAUCUAUAUUUACACAGACCACAUGAAAGGAGUCAACUCUGGGAAGUCUCCAGGCUUUGGGUUGUCCCUGGUUGCUGAGACCACCAAUGGCACCUUCCUCAGUGCUGAACUGGCCUCCAACCCCCAGGGCCAGGGAGCAGCGGUGCUUCCAGAGGACCUCGGUCAGAACUGUGCCAAGCUGCUGCUGGAAGAAAUCUAUCGGGGUGGAUGUGUGGACUCGACCAACCAAAGCCUGGCUCUGUUGCUUAUGACCCUUGGACAGCAGGACGUGUCCAAAGUUCUGCUAGGACCGCUCUCUCCCUACACGAUAGAAUUUUUGCGGCACUUGAAGAGCUUUUUCCAGAUUAUGUUUAAAGUUGAAACCAAGCCAGGUGGUGAAGAACUUAAGGGUGGGGAUAAAGUGCUGAUGACAUGUGUUGGCAUUGGCUUCUCCAACCUUAGCAAGACCCUCAAGUGAAACUUUCACGGGACCAAAGACCCCAACGCCUACAGACAAAGCGGAAGCCUCCAAGGACCCAAAGGGACCAAGUCCAAAUUCAUCCAGGACAGGAUAGCCUCUGAUGUUAAGGCCUUUCCCAAUUUUCUGUUUAAAAACAAUCAGAAUACCCCAAUAAAACACAUCUUUCUAUCACGUGGUUUCCAGCCAUUUCUCCAGUGGUCCUGUUAUUCCUCGGGAGGCCCUGUCUUGAGGAGAGCUCCCUGGGCUUACCUGGACAAAGAAAGCACCUUCAGGACACAGUCGUGCUCGAGACCAACAUCAUAGCUGCAUUCCAGCAGUGCUUCCCCAGCCCACAUCCCUGGGCGUCUGUCGUGUGGCUGUCUUCCAGACUGAUUCUGCAAGAACUGACCUCUUUGAACCUUGGUUUCUGUGUAGGGAUUAAAUGAGAUAAUACGGGUGGAAACUCUUUCAUCAGUGCAGUGUUAUGCAAAUGUCAGAAAUUGGUAUAUGAGACUAUUUCAUCCCUUGUCUUAAGGGUGGACUCUGCUGUCUUGGAGACAGAUACUGCUCCCUGUCUGGUUCAUUGUAUGUGUGUGUUGGGGGAUGAGUGCCUGGGUGUGCCGGGGUCCAAUUAAAAUUGUUGAAUGUUUUUUAUA